AUGAUGGCGAGACCGAGGAAUUAUCGGGCUUCAUCUCGGAAAUCAUCUUAUUCAACGCUUGUGUUCGCGGUAUUGAUUAUGUUCACUUUCGUGAUUUUGUUUCUUCUGGCGCUUGGAAUUCUCUCGCUGCCCAGCAACAAUGCCAGCUCCUCCAGAGCCAAUGAUCUCAGUUCCAUAGUCCGGAAAACACUUGAGAGAAGUGGCGAGGAUGGCUCAGACAAGGAGCGUUGGGUUGAAAUUAUCUCUUGGGAACCAAGAGCUUCGAUUUACCACAAUUUCCUGAGUAAGGAGGAAUGCAAGUAUCUGAUAGAGCUAGCUAAACCACAUAUGGAGAAGUCAACAGUUGUCGAUGAGAAGACUGGAAAGAGCACAGAUAGCAGGGUGCGAACAAGCUCAGGGACAUUUCUUGCAAGAGGACGCGACAAAACUAUCCGUGAAAUUGAGAAAAGGAUAUCAGAUUUCACAUUCAUACCAGUUGAGCAUGGGGAAGGUCUUCAAGUACUGCACUAUGAAAUAGGGCAAAAGUACGAGCCUCACUAUGACUACUUCAUGGAUGAGUAUAAUACCAGGAAUGGGGGACAGCGGAUAGCCACAGUUCUCAUGUACCUAUCAGAUGUUGAGGAGGGGGGUGAGACAGUGUUUCCUGCAGCCAAAGGAAACUACAGCGCAGUGCCAUGGUGGAACGACUUGUCGGAGUGCGGGAAGGGAGGGCUGUCUGUGAAACCCAAGAUGGGAGAUGCAUUGCUUUUCUGGAGCAUGACACCUGAUGCCACUCUAGACCCAUCUAGUCUUCAUGGUGGGUGUGCUGUGAUAAAAGGGAACAAGUGGUCAUCCACAAAGUGGUUGCGUGUACACGAGUACAAGGCAGACAAACGAAAUUCAUUCCCUCCUCCUUGUUCAUUCCUCUCACCGUUGCGUUGCGAAGAUAUGGAUGAAUCUUAUUCUCUCUCUCCUAUCUCCCUCGUUCGUCGGAUCAAAGAUUCCUUCCAUUUCGCCAUCUCUGCUCUCCUCGCCAACCUCUUCUCCGCGCUCUUCACCUUCUUCUUCGCUUUAGUGGGGACUUUGCUAGGAGCAUUGACAGGUGCUUUGAUCGGCCAAGAAACAGAGAGCGGUUUCAUCAGAGGAGCCGCCGUUGGAGCUAUUUCAGGAGCUGUCUUCUCCAUCGAAGUUUUUGAAUCUUCCCUCCUCCUCUGGCAAUCCGAUGAGUCUGGAAUCGGAUGCCUUCUCUACCUGAUUGAUGUCAUUGUAAGCCUUUUGAGCGGGAGGCUUGUUCGUGAGCGUAUUGGUCCGGCGAUGCUAAGUGCGGUCCAGAGUCAGAUGGGAGCUGUGGAGUCACAGUUCCAAGAGCAAACAGACAUCUUCGACACUGCCAUUUCAAAGGGUCUCUCAGGGGAUUCUCUGGACAUGAUCCCAAAGGUCCGAAUCACAGACACCUCCUCCGGGGAGAUGCUCUCUUGCUCUGUCUGCCUUCAGGACUUUCAGGUGGGAGAGACAGUUAGAAGUUUGCCGCAGUGCCAUCAUAUGUUCCACCUACCCUGCAUCGACAAGUGGCUUCGCAGGCAUGCUUCUUGUCCCUUGUGCAGAAGACAUCUUUGA